UAUAUAUGUACGUAUAUAUGUAACUACGCAUAUGUAUGUAUAGAACACAUCACUCAAUAAGUCUCCGGUCUGACACAUAUAUGGCAACACUGUUACAGACCCAUAUGAUUUCUGGAUAAUAGCAUCCUUCAACCGAUACAUGUCAAAUUUUCAUUCUGAUUUUACAGGUUACAGUGGUUUUAGUGAUCCCAGUUUUAUAAUUUUCAAAACAAUGGAUAAAAAAGAAUUUCGUAUGUUAAUUAAACAUUGUUUUUUGAUGGGGAAAAAUACUGUUGAAGCCAAACAGUGGCUUGAUAAGCGUUAUGGAAACUCUGCACCACGGAAAUCAACUAUUAUUGACUGGUAUGCUGAAUUUAAACGCGGUCGUACAAAUACCGAUGAUGCUGAACGCUCUGGUCGUUCAAAAUCGGCAGUUGUUCCGGAAAACAUAAAAAAGUCCACAAAUGUAACUACAUAUAUGUAACUACAUGUAUGUAACUAUGCGAAUGUAUGUAUUUAUGUAUCUAAUUACGAGUAAGUAUACAUGUAUAUAUAUACGUAUAUAUACAUAUAUAUAUAUAUGUAUGUACGUAAUUACAAGUAUGUAUACAUGUAUGUAACUAGAUAUUUGUACAUUCAUGAUACGUAUGUUCGGAGAUGAUUAAAAUUUGAGAGUUUCAAUUUCUAAAUAAAGGAUUAAUUUUCAUAAAUAAUAAUCGCGGGAAAGAGGCCGCAUCGAACAAUUUCCGUAGAACACGCGAUCGGAAAGCGUUUGACAAGACCGCAGAUGGGAAGUCAUCGAACUCCCGUCCAUAAAUAGUUUACAAAUUCUAUUCGCGUUAAUCGAUUACGGGUAUUCGUUCAAUGAAUUGUAAUUUGAACAUUUCGAGAACAUGGCUGCAUCUCUGACUGACUUCAGAUUAAUUAGUUUCGAGAUGUAAAUCGAUAUGAUCGAAUCUCUUCAACUUUUUGAUUCCAUUUACGUAUGUAUGUACAGUUACAUUCAAUAUUCACUCGUUGAUCACUUUUUAUUAUUGCAGUACUUUAAAAAUUAUCAUACAUCAAGGUGAUCAUUCGUAGUUUUUGAUUUUAAUUCGCUUCAAGGAUAUUCAAAGUGAACAGUAAAAAGGAAUUGAAUAAAAAUCGAAGAAAUAUUAAUUGGAUUGUUCGAUCGUAAUCGGUCGUAAAGUAAAAAUCGAAAAUAAAUGUUUUUGAAAAUUCUCGUGGAAUUGGAAGAACAUAAGGUCGUUUCUUUCUGUUUCACGUACAACUCUAAUCUGACACCUCGUCCAACCGACGAGACCUUGGAAAAGUUUCUGGCAUUCAGCAAGUUCGCUGGGAUUGACCUUUUCCACGAGCUUACGCAAGGUUGAACUUCCUCAGUGCUUUCUCGGCACGCAAAGUUCAGAUUCUCUUUAGACAUUCGAGUUUCGCUCCAACAAGUUCUCUCUUAUGUUUAUCUGCCAUCUUUCUCCCUAUUAACAUCGAAAUGAGUUCUUCCUUUCUUUGAAAUUUCAUCCUCGUAAAGUAUACGAAGAGUUGCUUGAAAGAAUGCACAAUAAGGAAAGAAAUAGUCUUUCGAUUCUAAUCGAAAAUAAUUUGUUAAUAAUUGGGAUUAAUUUAAUAAGAGAAAUAAAAGGAUGACAAAAAGGUUAGGAGGGUAGGUCGUGAAUGUUCGUAUCAUCCUAUAUACUCAUCGCUCUUGGUACCUCUCUUACUCCUUCCACCUUCACCCUUAAAACAUAAUAAGCCUCCUAUAGCAAGCAAUUUAGCUAUUAUUGACGAAAACAGACCCUCUGCUCUAAUUGCGAACCGAUCGAUAAGCAUCGAUAAGAGACUCCUACGGUAUUCUGAGUAGCAGUUGGAACUUAUCCUUGCAGGAGUUCGCUUCGAGGAAAGUUCAUUUCUCUCUCUUUCUCUCUUUCUUUUUAGAAGAGUGAUAGAGUUUUUGAAAAUUCGAACUUUGGAUUCUUUGAAAGUUGUUCGAUGUUGUUUACAAGUGGACGAUAUUUUUCGAAGAAAAUUUUCUCCAUCUAUUUCUUAUUUUCUUCUUUCUGUUUUUCUUCUUCUUUCAUUUUGCUUCGAAGUUUUGCCUAUUAGCAGAACGAGCACGUGGUUGUUGUCGGCAACGACGAAAGUGUAGUAGAAAGGGAAUUUCGUUUCGUUUCUCGAUAUUUUGCUACGUUCAUCACAACCUGUGGUUCAUUCAUUUUCUUCGCCAUUUCUUUCUUCUUUCCUUUCUUUCUUUCUUCUUUUUCCAAUGUUUUUAGAAAGUGCAUUCAGAAAGCAAGCAUAUCAAUUUUCUUUUCAAAGGUUUCACGAAUGAAUUUAAGAUGAUUGCCAAUGAUCGAUUGGACAGUAUCCUCAAUAACAUGAAAGAGUAGAUUAAAAAACAAAAUGGAUAAAUACGAAAAUAUCGAAAUCGUUGGUGAAGGUAGUUACGGUGUUGUAAUGAAAUGUAGACAUCGUGAAACCGGCCAAGUGGUCGCGAUAAAAAAGUUUUUAGAAACAGAAGAGGACGUUCAAGUUCGAAAAUUGGCCCUACGAGAGAUUCGGAUGUUGAAGAAACUGCAUCAUGAGAAUAUCAUCGACAUGAUCGAGGUUUUUCGCCGUAGAAAAAGAUUUCAUUUGGUUUUCGAAUUCUUGGAUCACACUGUCCUCGAUGAAUUAGAACGAUCUGCUGAUGGCCUCGGAUUAGAAGUUUCGAAACGUUAUAUUUUUCAAGUACUUCGUGGCCUGAAUUUCUGUCACAAUAAUCACAUUAUGCACAGAGACGUCAAACCAGAGAACGUCUUGGUCUCAUCGAACGGUGUAAUCAAACUCUGCGAUUUUGGUUUCGCACGAUUGAUCAGCAGCUCGAAAGAAUCCUAUACGGAUUAUGUAGCGACGAGAUGGUAUCGUGCACCGGAACUUCUCGUUGGUGAUUCGAAAUAUGGCAAAGAAAUUGAUAUUUGGGCGGUCGGUUGUCUUUAUGCUGAAAUGAUGACUGGUGAUCCAAUUUUUCCAGGAGACAGUGACAUCGAUCAGCUUUAUAGAAUUACUAAAGUCCUAGGAAGUAUUCGCGGUAGACACCAGGUAUCAAUGGGACAAAACUUUCUUUUUAGGCCAUUACGAUUUACUACUGUUGACGAGCUCAUGAUUUCUCAAGAACCAUUAUCCUUACGAAAUCUCUUUCCUUCGUGGAGUUCAGUGAGCUUGGACUUUCUUUCACAGUGUCUUCGUAUGGAUCCAGACGCUAGACCCAACUGUUCCACUUUACUCGACCACUUUCUUUUCCUUCAGGAAAAUUUCAGUAAGAAAUUUCUUAAAGAGUUAAAAAUAUAUAUCGCUAAGGAGUCGUAUUUAAAUCCAUUUUCGAGAAAAAAGAUCCAGGAUCGAAAAGCCAGCAUACUUUCAGCUAAGCAAAAUUUUAGAGUUUGCCACGGCAGCGCUGGAAAAUGGCAAAUGACGAUCUUAAACGAUACCAAAAAAUUACGCAACAAGAUAGAAUUUGAUAAUACUGUCGAAGAAAUACAACGAAAGUUAUCGGCUUUGCAAAUCAAUCGUCCGCGAGAAGUUUGCUACUUUGGUCCGGUUUCCGUGAUGCCUAAUACGACUUAUAUACAAAGGUUGGAGCUUAAAGGUCUUCGAAUAAAAAAUUCGAAGGGUUGUUCUUUACCAGCCUUAAGGCCAAAAGAUUCGAUACAAGCGAAAACGAAUAGCAAGAGAAAGAGGCUGGAUUUGCCUUCUGUCGAUCAUUAAAAAUGGUUGAAAGGUUUUGCUUUAUGAUACGAAAAGCGAUAGCUGGAAAAAUGAAAUUGACAACAUUAAAAUUGCUUUCGACAUAAUAUUGGAAAUUAUACGAAAAGCUAGUUGAGGAUUAACUUUAACGAGGCGAAACGCAGGAUUCGGACAUAAACGUACAAGUUUCCUGACCUGAUCCACUUGCAUAAUAUAGACGACCAAAGUUCUCGACUGUAUCUAAACGUGGCCAAGAAAAUUCUAGCGAAAUAGUAUACGGAAGAAGACAACUUUUUAUAAUUCAAUACUUUUUCGAUUGACACUUGGCCAAUGUAUUCAAUUUGUAUUGAUUCUGUAAUUCGAAUACCUAUCUAAAUGUUGAAUUUUAACGUCUAUAAAAUAUUUCAAUUGUUUCAGAUGAUUUAACUCUCGAUAAGUUUAUCGAUUUUAAAAGUUAAAAAUUUGUUCAAAUUGCAAUUUCGCUUAAUGAUAGCUUUCAACAUAAAUUAAAAUAUAAGUUUAAAUAUCGCACUGUUUGAAAAUUUCACUGACUGAAUCGAUAAGGUAGAAAUUUAUAUAUGCGAAGAAUUUUAAUAACAAAUUAUAAUAUUAUAGUACACUGAUUUGUUUAUUGUGCAUUCAGUUUAUUGUUGAAAUUAAGUUUGAUAUUUAUAAAAACCGAAUUUCGUAUAGCAGUAAUUAUUUCAAGAAUCUUUACGUAGAUAAAUUUCCGUUUUCACUUGAUCUUUCUUUCACGAUAAAUUUAUGGUGACUUUUGUCUCUUUUUCUCAUACAUACGAAUAUACGGAUUGCAUAUUAACAUUUCAAGGCAGAGCCAUCUAGCGCGGAAUUCAUAAAAUACAAAAACAUCGUUCGGUAAAAUUUUGUGGAUAUUUCUAACGUGAAAUAUCAUUUUAUCGCAAGUUAUUUAUUUUUAUCGAAAUUCUUCGUCAUCUUUCACUCGAAGCGUGUGUGACUUUAGCGACAAGUAUGGACAAAAUAUUAACUACAAGUACAAGCGGGAAACACUGUUCCCACCAUGUGUCUAUCGUAUCAGUGUUUUAAGUUUAUUGGUUAUAUCUCUUUUACGCGUAAACAACAAGCGGUUUCGUUAAGUAAAGUAGUUUAGUACUGUGAACUCGCGCUUUUAGUCUCUCAUAUAUAUAUCUUUUUUUGAUAGAGUUCGGUUUGCUAGUGAUCCAUCCUAAAACGAUGUCCGUACGCAUUUGUUUCACGACAAAUGCAUAAAGAAUAAUAAAUAUAAUUACAUACAUAUAAUACAUAUAAUAAUUAGUAUAUAAAUUUACGACAGGAAACCA